AACGUUUCGCGCUCUAACUCGACCAACCGUCCGUUAACGAAUCGUUCGUAACGUUUCCAGAGAAUCUAGAUUCGUCGCCACAGGGAGAGGACCCCCACACAGCUCCCGCAUCGCCCAAUCCAAUCCCAAUUUACCCAACUACCCAAGGCUCCUCUCUCUCUCUCUCUCUCUCUCCACAUUUCCUCCAUUUCUGGCGACAGGAAAUGGUGAAUUGAAGCCUGGGACGAGCAAGGAGGGAUACAGUAAUCCAAUUUAGAAGUGAGAGAUCUGUCGAAUUCCACAAUUAUUUUACGAGUAAUUUCCUGUAAUACGAGAUUUUUUUUGAGAAUUUUCGGGUGUGGUAGCCACCGACGCCGCCUUAUUAAUCCAUCAGCGGAAGAAGAUGCCUUUAUUUCGACGGAAAAAGGCAUCAGAAAACGACAACAAUCCGACCACCUCAAAUCCAACACCAGACGAAAAAGAAGAAGAAGAGGACAAGAACAACACGAAGAAGGUAAAUGCGAAGAAGGCGAAAAAGGCCAAGAGCAAGAACAAAUGGUCGUGCGUGGACAGCUGCUGCUGGUUCGUCGGGUGCGUGUGCACCGUGUGGUGGUUCCUUUUGUUUCUGUACAACGCCAUGCCGGCGUCGUUUCCGCAGUACGUGACCGAGGCGAUAACGGGGCCGUUGCCGGACCCACCGGGGGUGAAGUUGCUCAAGGAAGGGUUGAGGGCGAAGCAUCCGGUGGUGUUUGUGCCCGGUAUUGUCACUGGUGGGCUGGAGCUGUGGGAAGGGCACCAGUGUGCUGAGGGGUUGUUUCGGAAGCGGCUUUGGGGUGGGACUUUUGGGGAAGUUUACAAGAGGCCUUUAUGCUGGGUGGAACACAUGUCAUUAGACAAUGAAACUGGGCUGGACCCUCCUGGUAUAAGGGUCAGGCCUGUUAGCGGACUUGUGGCUGCAGAUUACUUUGCUCCAGGAUACUUUGUUUGGGCAGUUCUGAUUGCUAAUUUGGCUCGAAUUGGAUACGAGGAGAAAUCGAUGUACAUGGCUGCAUAUGACUGGAGAAUUUCAUUUCAAAACACAGAGGUGCGGGAUCAAACACUAAGCCGCAUAAAAAGUAAUAUUGAGCUGAUGGUUGCUACGAAUGGCGGGAAUAAGGCCGUCAUUAUUCCGCAUUCCAUGGGUGUUUUGUACUUUCUCCAUUUUAUGAAGUGGGUGGAAGCACCAGCUCCUAUGGGCGGUGGGGGUGGACCAGAUUGGUGCGCUAGACACAUAAAGGCAGUAAUGAACAUUGGUGGACCAUUUUUAGGUGUUCCAAAAGCUGUCUCUGGGCUUUUCUCUGCUGAAGCUAGGGAUAUUGCAGUUGCCAGAUCCAUUGCACCGAGUGUUUUAGACAACGAUUUGUUUGGUGACUUUGGUCUUCAGACAUUGCAACAUGUAAUGAAGAUGACCCGCACUUGGGACUCAACCAUGUCAAUGAUACCAAAAGGUGGGGACACUAUCUGGGGUGGUCUUGACUGGUCACCAGAGGAAGGCUAUGUCCCUAGCAAGAGAAAGCAAAGAAACCAGGGCCCUCCAGUUUCUGGUCAAAAUGAGACAGAAACGAUGGCUUGUGAAGCAAAAGCUGUCAGCUAUGGCAGGAUUAUUUCUUUCGGGAAAGAUGUAGCGGAGGCACACUCAUCUGAGAUUAAGAGGAUUGAUUUUAGGGUAAUGCAUCAGGGUGCCAUUAAGGGUAAUAAUGUUGCAAAUAACACCUGUCGAGAUGUGUGGACAGAAUACCAUGACAUGGGAGUUGGCGGUAUCAAAGCUGUUGCAGAAUACAAGGCGUAUACUGCUGGAGAUAUUUUGGAUUUGCUUCACUUUGUUGCCCCCAAACUGAUGGCCCGUGUUAGCGCUCACUUUUCAUAUGGGAUAGCUGAUGAUUUGGCUGACCCAAAAUACAAACACUACAAAUAUUGGUCAAACCCAUUGGAAACCAAAUUACCAAAUGCUCCAGACAUGGAAAUUUUCUCAAUGUACGGCGUUGGCAUCCCGACUGAAAGAUCAUAUGUAUAUAGGUUGACUCCUUCCUCAGAUUGCUACAUUCCCUUCCAGAUUGAUACUUCAGCCAAUGGUGGAGAUGAAGAUAGCUGUCUUAAAGGUGGGGUUUUUACUGUUGAAGGAGAUGAGACUGUCCCUGUUCUAAGUGCUGGCUACAUGUGCGCAAAAGGUUGGCGUGGGAAAACCAGGUUCAAUCCUUCUGGAAUUCGAACUUUCAUAAGAGAAUAUGAUCAUGCUCCUCCAGCCAAUCUGCUUGAGGGCCGUGGGACCCAGAGUGGGGCACAUGUGGAUAUAAUGGGAAACUUUGCUUUGAUCGAGGACGUCAUAAAAGUUGCUGCAGGGGCUACAGGGGAAGAUUUAGGUGGUGAUCAAGUCUACACUGACAUCUUUAAAUGGUCUGAGAAGAUCAACUUACCACUGUAAAUUUAGAAGGGUGCCAUGAUUUACUUCACACAGUUGAGGUCUCUGGUUCAAGUCCAAAAUAUUUUUCACGGCAACAUAUUUUGAAGACAAGAUCAAGAAGUGAGAGUCGAUGUUACUUCUAUUGCUUUCCUUGUGGAGGAUUCACUGAAACUGUGUCAUAUAGCUGCCCAGGAGCAAGUCGAACUUUCGUUUCGUGUUGCGAAGCUCGUUGUUGGGAUGCGCGCUCGUUUUCACAAAGGUGCCGUGUGUAACAACAGUAUGUUCUUGAAGUUAGUCAUAGCUUGAUUGGUCAUGAGGAAGUCAAUUGGAUGACUGGAGUGGCAUUUCUUGGCGUACUUUGAAGCUGCUUUGGCUCAUCCUGCUGUCAAAUUUUGGAGUUCAACUGUAGUAGUUUCUACAAAAUUGUUUGUAUUGUUUGGUAUUAGCCCCAACCACGUAGUAUCUAUUACUCUGUAAACUUGGGCUUAUGCCACUUGCCAAGUUAUCCACAUUCACAUCUUUUACUCA